CUUGACCACUACCGCCUACCUGGUAUAAAACUUUUGGGGAAGUAUUUAGGAUGGCAGAAGGAGGUGUGACAGAUUUCAGCGAACAAGAUCAGCAACAGAAGUUUUCUAACAUGGAGACAGAGGUGAAACAGGAGAAAAUUCCAGAGGAAUCUGCAGGAAAGGCCGAAGGUCAAGACGAAGGCUUGUCAGAGUUCUUGGAGAGGACAAAAUGCGAUCGAAUGUAUGAGCUUCGUCAGAUUCAGUAUGGAGAAAGGCCUGUUACCAGUACCGGUAGAAAGAAUGUCAUUGACAGCUUCUUCGCCAAGCACAUGCAAGCUCAGGAAGCUAAGCUAGAGUCUGGAAAAGAAAAUGUUCCCGUUAAUGUGGAAAAUGUUGAUGAAAUCCGCCCAGAGACAGUGGUAGUAGAAAUUCAGGGCUUGGUAGAGCAGCAGAGGGUCUCUAAUGUGCUGGGCACUGCAUUCAGAAGGCGGCUCGAAAACAUCAUCCGUGGUACAAUCUCAAAUGUUUCUCGGGGCCCCAGGGCUUCCCCUCAACCCACUACAUCUCACAGCAGCACUCCACAACCAUCCCCCAACAGUACAAAUAACACAACACCCCACAGUUUGUCUCGAGAUGGAACACCAUCUGUUGUUGCGACCCCAAACAGUCUUUCAAGAGAGAGUACGCCGAUGGAAGCAGAGAUACAAAAUAUACCAAGGCCUGUGGAACAACUUCAACAUGAAGAACGCAGUAGAAGCAACAGCAUCACAAGUGCAAGAAGUGGAUUCUCCACACACAGCACAACAAACUCAAGUGGAUCAUCCACUCGCACUAAUGAGAAUGAAAGUCUUCCACAGCCUUCUGUCAAUAACUCACAGGAGAAUCACGUUAAUCUAGGUAACAUCCCAGAGCAUGUGAUGGAGGAAAUGCAACAAGAGGAGUUCAUCCAGGAGAUCAGUGAGCUGGUUCACCGUCAACUGGUUACCUCCACGCUACAAGGAAACUUCCGAACCACUCUAGAACUCACCAUGAGGGAUCAUAUGAGAAGCACAGACUCUGAUGGCCAGAGGGUACAGGAGUUUAUACAAUCCCUCCAACCUACACAGCCAAUCAUACGCAACGACUUCUCUCACCUGGGAAUUCCCCUUAAUAACCAGGAUAAUCUGGACAAUAUCUCGGUGACCAGCGUCAGUGCUCAGGCUGUGCCUUACACACAGUCCAACAUGUACCUGAGCCGAGAAAUGGCCAGUCUCAAAGCCCAGGUAGAGGAGAUGAAGAACAUGCUUAAGGUCAGCUUUGACCUUCAAUUGGACAUCCAGAGAGCCAUUAGACAGGAAGUGGCCGCAGCCAUGUCUGAAAAGUCAGAUGGAACUCGUGAGACAGCAACCUCCCGACAGUCUCGUCCAGUCAACGACUCGCACUGUCUCAUCUGUCUGGACAAAUUCUCGGACUCGGUUCUCUACCAGUGUGGUCACAUGUGCGUUUGUUACGGCUGUGGGCGACAGCUGAUGUCCCGUGGCUCUAAAUGUCCUGUGUGCCGAGCUCCCAUCAAAGAUAUCAUCCGAGCCUACAGAUGUAACUUUGAGUAGAAACAACGAACAGUAGAGUUGUUCCGUGCCAAAACUGGGGAAGUGUGGCAAUGGACUUAAUUGUCCAGCUAACACUUUAAAAUUAUAGCACCAUCCAUUUGUAUAUAUAACAGCUUGAACAUCAUGUUCUCACAGAUGUAGCAUUGUACACAUUAGAUUGAAGUUUAACUGAAAGUGUGGAGCCAUAUUUACAUUGCCUUUCACUUCUGAUAUAGUGUGCAUACUGAUGCAUUGUGCUUGGUUAGCAAACUGACUGUUUGAUAAAUGAAUAAUCUUGGCUAGUGUUUGCCCCUAAGUGCUAUAAAUAAUGACCUAAUAUUAAAAAAAACAAUGUUUGACAAGGGAGUUUAAACCCCCUUCAUUCUUAAGUACUAAUACACAGGCUGAGUUUGUUGUGAAUCAUGUUUUUAGUUUGCAUGAUGAGUACAUCUUUGCUGAUAACAGUGGAAGUUUAAAAAUCAGAUACUUAGCAUUUUUAUAUCAUAUUGCAUUUCACAUAUUUAAACCAUCACAAAUAGUCAGAAUUUUGCCAUGUUGAAUUUGACUGUUUUCACAUGAUUACACUCCAAAGAAGAUGGUUUGUUGUUGACAAUACAAGAAUCAUGUUGCUACUGUUUUUUUUUAAGAUUUCAUUAUUUUUUAUAUAUAUUAUAUACUUUCUUUGUAAGACAUGUGCAAUAUUAAUGUUUUAAUGAAAUCAUGUUUCCGUUUAAUAGUUUUUUGAUAUAGAGCAGAAAUAGAUGCUAAUUUUAAUCAAACUCAUGGUUGAUUAAAUUCUUAUGUUAAGAAUAAAAUAUCACUAUUCAAUAAA